AUGGACGAGGUCGAAAACCCGCAGGUCAAGGCUCCUGAGGAAGAGAGCGACAGCAUUGUCACACCAGCAAAAGACACGGCUGAGAGUCUGCACCUCGACAAUGGUCCUAUCGUUAUACCCCCAGGCCUACCCGCCAACAUCGACACGUCUAGGCGACCGCUGUUGAAACGCGACUCGUCAGCACCGCCGCCCAAGCAGCAACCUCCCGCCGUGCCCGACUUGGACCCCAGCCAGGACCCUCCCGAUUCUCUGACACUCGCCCAACUGAAGAGUCUUCGAGCUGGCUUCCCCGUUCUGCAAGCCCACCUCCAACAACCCGUACCCUUGUCCACCGUCUACGACUUUGAAUACCGCGACUCGCAGUCCUUCCCCGUCGAGCUCGAAGAAUGGUUCACAUACAGCGAGAAAGAGAGGUCCAAGCUACGCCAGGUCAAUGCUGCCUUUGAUCAUGCAUGGAAGGCACACACUGCUCAAGAUCCUGUCCCGGAUUGGACCGCCUCACCGCACUUGGGCAUGAAUUUUGUUGCCAAUCUGCUAAACGACCUGCAACUCGGCUCUCCCCACCAGCAGAACACGGCUCUCCAAGUCUUGACAUACAUCUCUCUGGGUACAUGGCAAGAGACUGCUGGCAGAGAAACACCAAAUCCCUUCUUCGCUGUUCUCGGCUCCAACCAACCGCAGGUCACAGCGGGCCUCCCCAACUAUGCUGGUGCAACAUUUCAGAUCCAAAUCAUGAUCAACACCCUUUGCAUGCUCGCACAGCAAGGUGCUGUACCACUCGUCUAUACUCUUAUGAAGUCUGUGUGUGAAAGAGACCUCACUGCUUCGGCUCAGAACGAACAUGUAUCCGCUUCCUCAAAGUAUGCCGAGGGUGACGAGAGCAUCGAUGUCUGGUGCACUCUGACUCUAAUCUAUCUAUUUGUCGAGCUGAGCCGCAUCUCUGAAGGUACCCCCGAUGCCCAUGUGUUGCACAGAGAACNNUUGGUAAGUCACACCCACCUCGCCUGUGUCGCAUCGAAGCUUACACUCCAACAAGCUUUAAUAAAACCCGAUCUGUUAAUUACCUGCACAAACAUGAUUGCCCAAAUGAGAUGGGACGACUUUGCCCCCGUGCCUCAGACCAAGGUACGUCUCAAACAUGUUUGUCUCUGGGACCUAUGCGCUAAGUUGUUCUUAGNNAUUUUCUUGCUACUAUGGAAGACUAUUCUCAUCUCUUUCGGUGGUAUUGAAAAAGCCGACGAGGUCAAAUAUUCAUUCCAGGAUAGUGUUGGCGAGAAGGACGAACGCGGCCAUCCACUCAUCACUGCCUCCCCACUGGACUACCAUCUUUUCCGACAAGAAAUCACCUCGAAAUAUCCUGCGUACCAGCCGCCACCGCCAUUGUUUGCGUUCGAGCCUGAGAAUAACACCAUCUUGCCUCCGCUUCGUCACAGACAAACAAAGAUCGACAGCAAUGACAACACUGCAUCUACAGGGACUGGUGUCCACGGCGCUUCAAUUCUACAUCAAGCAGUGCACAUCGCCACUCCAGCACCAUCACCUCCGCCUUCUCCAGCUGGGCCGGGAGGCAAAGGUGGCAAGAAGCAGAAUUAUCAGACCAACCAAAUGUUUCCGUUCCUCUACCCACCUUUGGACGAAUCGAGCAACGACCUAGGUGGCAAGGGCUCAACCGAAUUGCAAGAUGCUCUCGCGGGCAGGAAAUGGAGAGGAAGUGAUGUUCCAGCUUCCAUUCUCGAAGCUGCUGACUUGUUCUCCAAACGUAUGAGGGCCACUAGAGCAAUGAAACAGCUCUGGGAUACCAGAAUCGACUACAUGAAAUUCGAGAGGGGCUGGUCAGACUCCAACGAUGACUUUGACGUGGAGAAACUCGAUCUUUAUGAGCCUCAGGAGAAUGGCUUUUGCGUAUCUGAGCACGAGGGUACUGCGGAAGAACCAGAAAAACAAAAUGAUCAAGAACCUUUGUCAGAGAAUGACGAAGUUCUAGAGGCAGUCGCGCAGUUCUAUCGCGACGUCUUGCCGCAAAUGCAGUCCGUUGUCUUUGUGCUGCUCAAAGGCAUGGCCAGAGUCUAUGCAGAUACUACUGCCAAUCCACAAGCUCAGACCUUUGAAAAUGGCCAUGUUCCUGAUGGCAUCUCAAUAUCUGCGGAACAAGUUGAUGCUUCACGGUCCACAGAGAUCACCGGUAAAGCUGUAUCGUCAAUUUUGCUACUCUUGCUUAAAUGGUUCAAAUUAUCUCAAGCUNUCUUCAACUUCUGUCGCGCAAACUCCAGAAAUCCGAUCCUGCCCGACUUUGUGACAAUUGACGAAGCAGUAGAGUCCGAAGACGAGGCAAUGCCUCCACCCAUCAAAUUCCGCAGAGAGUCCGAAGCAAUUUCAGAGGUUUCGGUGAGCUCAAUACCUCCGGACUACACCACUCACCCACCCGAGGUCGACGAACUCGGCUACCCGACACAAGCACCUCCGCCAGCGCCCAUCCAGACCUAUUCCUACCGAAACACUUUCACUUACAUCAAUUACCUACGUGUACUACAAAAGAUCACUCGCCGUAAAGCACAUCGCUCUCUGCUCUUGGUGUCCUAUAAGUCAUCCAAUGUGCUGAAGAAGUGCNUGCGCGUGCCCGUGGAUAUGAUGAGAUACUACACGCUCAAGCUCUUCAAGACUCAAGUGCCCUACUGCGGUCGCAAAUGGCGUCAAAGUAACAUGAAGAUCAUUACAGCAGUCUGGCUCAGCGUACCUUCCGAACUACGCGAUGACUGGCUUUCCGGCGGUGGUGGCGGCAUGGGUGGUGCUGGUCCCGGAGAUGUAGACGGGACUGUAGAGGAAGCUCUGCCUCUUGAGCAAUCGCUGCGCAGUCUUACACAUUGGUGGAAUGUGCGCAACUAUCCCGACAAGAUGGGUGUGGACAAGAAGUUGGUGACGGAGGAGCAGGACUUUUUCGCCAAGGAGCUGGAGAAGAUGGAAUUGGGACGCAUAGAGGAUGAAAUGCUCGAUGAGAGUAUGAUUGAGGGUGCAUGGGCCCAGCCUAUGGAAAAUUAUGCAUAA